AUGGCUCGUCAGUCUCGCUCCUCUCGCCCUGCUGCCCGUCCCGCCGCACCUGCUGCUCAGCAGACCCGCAGCGCGCACACCGCCGCUGCCCCCCACCCCAGUGCGGGCUACCCGCCUGCGCAUGCACCCCCGGCGCCGCCCCAUGCCGCGCAGGCGUCGUCCGGCCAGCCAGGCAUGCUCGCGCAGAUGGCUGCCACUGCGGGUUCCGUCGCCGUUGGCUCAACGAUCGGCCACGGGCUCUCCAGCAUGCUCUUCGGCGGCUCCUCGCACCCCGCCCCCGCCCCGGUCGACCAGGCCGCGCCCGUGCAGCAGCAAACGUACCAGCAACCCCAGGGUAUGAGCUGCGAGAUUCAGGCGAAGGAUUUCACGAAGUGUCUCGAGGCCGCGGACGUGAACGCGUGCUCGUGGUACCUCGAGCAGCUCAAGGCCUGCCAGGCUGCGGCGUCCCGCUACACGGGCGCGUAG